CAACCCUACCUCCCUUAACUCAGAUUAAUUAUGCUCACGCGCUUAAUAUGGUAAGCAAGUUGUGAGAGGAAAGGAAGUUCAGUUUGGGAUGGUGCCUAGCUUUCUUCUUGUUUGUACGCUAAAAUCACACACUCCAACAACACACUCCUAGUCCCACUGCCUGCUCUAUUUCCAGUUUCCUCUCUUCCCCCACUUCUCCUUUAUCUUCUUAAUCUCUCUCGUCUCUCUCCUCCUAACUUUCACACCACACUAAUCUCUCUCCCUCUCUCUCUCCUCUCUCUCUCUCUAUCUCUAUCUCUCUCCCUCUCUCCCACUCUCUCUCUAUCUCUCUCCCUCUCUCCCACUCUCUCUCUAUCUCUCCCCCUCGCUCCCACUCUCUCUCUAUCUCUCUCCCUCUCUCCCACUCUCUCUAUCUCUCUCUCUCCCUCUCUCUCAAACACACACGCACACGCACGCACAGAAACAAACUGCAGACUGCCAUAUAUUCCUGCAAAUUUAAUAAUGGAGCAACUGUACGGCCUCCACUCCACACCGGACAACUACUCCCACACAACUCCAACCAACUCCCUCCCCUUUCCGGCCACCGAAUUCCACCCCCUCGACACCUUCUACCACCACCCGAUCCCCAUCCUCGAAUCCCCCGACCAGAUGUUCUCCGCAACAUCCUCCUCCGCAGUCUCCGAUGCCGCCUCAAUGCAAAGAUACCGAAAUAACAGCACUAGCACCGGAUCAGAAGACGAGGUCUCCAGUGCAAUUCGGGCCAAAAUUGCCUCUCAUCCUCUUUACCCUAAACUCCUCCAAGCUUACAUGGAUUGCCAAAAGGUAGGAGCGCCUUCAGAUAUAUCGGAUCUGUUAGAGGAAAUCGAAAGAGAGAAGGUCUAUUCGAAACGAUCGGCUUCUUCAACUUACCUGGGGGACGAUCCUGAGCUAGAUGAGUUCAUGGUAACUUAUUCCGACCUACUUGUAAAGUAUAAAUCAGAUCUUGCAAGGCCUUUUAACGAAGCAACUACGUUUCUAAACGACAUAGAAUCUCAGCUCCACAAUCUCUGCAACAGCUCUUCUAGAACCUGUAAUAUUUCAGAUGAAACUACAGCCUCUUCAGAGGAAGAUUUUGGGAGCAGAGAGGUAGAUAUGUUGGAAUAUGACCAAAUAAGAGAAGAUCGAGAACUGAAAGAUAAACUACAUCGUAAAUAUAGCGGGUAUAUAAGUUUACUGAAGAAUGAAUUUUCAAACAAGAAGAAGAAAGCAAAGUUACCUAGAGAAGCAAGGCAAGUUCUGCUGGACUGGUGGGCUGUUCAUUAUAAGUGGCCUUAUCCCACGGAAGCAGACAAGGUGGCUCUGGCAGAUUCAACAGGCCUGGACCAGAAGCAGAUCAACAACUGGUUCAUAAACCAACGCAAACGCCACUGGAAGCCAUCUGAGAAUAUGCAGUUUGACGUUAUGGAAAACUUAUACGGCCCUUUGUUCAUCAAUAAACAAGGAGGGAAUUCGUAGCACUAAUCAGUAAUCAUAUUUGCGUUUUCAUUUCUCCACACACUUAAUUAUCACUUGAAAUUCGAAACAUAAUGCUGCAUGGCUGCAGCUUCAGCUAUAAUAUUAAUAGCUGAUGUAAUAUUUUUCGAAUUGUUUUCGGAUACCCUAAAAGUUGUAAACUUUCUCGUUUAUAAGCGGAUCAAAACUUUGUAAUUGUGUGCA